UUCAAACUGUUCCAGCUGUUGUUUACUUUUCGAGGUUAACAUAACAUUUUUUAGUUUUAUUUAUUAGUAUUUAAUUAUCAAAUAAAUUCAUCAGUAUCUGUAGAAAUGGAUAGCAAAUCAGAGCCACCCAUCAAAAAAUUCAAAUUAGAUCCACUCCAAACCACUAAAACGGAACCUAUAGAACCCAUAAAAAUAUCCAGGAGCACAACAAGAACUCACAGAUUAUGCCCCUACCUUGACACAAUCAACCGUCAAUAUUUGGACUUCGAUUUUGAAAAGCUCUGCUCUGUAUCUUUAACCCGCAUUAAUGUGUACGCUUGUCUGGUUUGCGGCAAGUAUUUCCAAGGCAGAGGCACAAAUACACAUGCUUACACACAUUCAGUAGCUGAAGGACAUCAUGUGUAUCUUAACUUGCAUACCUUGAAGUUUUACUGCUUGCCUGAUAACUAUGAGAUUAUUGAUUCUUCCUUGGAUGAUAUAAAGUACGUCCUGAAUCCCACAUUCACUCAAGAUGACAUCAAAAACCUUGAUAAUGGUACAAAACUAUCAAGAGCCAUAGAUGGUUCCCUUUACAUGCCUGGAAUAGUUGGCCUAAACAAUAUUAAAGCUAAUGAUUAUUGUAAUGUAGUUUUACAAGCUCUCUCUCAUGUAGUUCCACUGCGUAAUUACUUUUUAAGAGAACAAAAUUAUUCAAAAAUUAAAAGACCACCAGGAGAUUCUUCUUAUUUAUUAGUUCAGCGUUUUGGGGAGUUAAUGAGGAAACUGUGGAAUCCAAGAAACUUUAAAGCUCACGUUUCUCCACACGAAAUGUUACAAGCUGUCGUUUUGUGGAGUAAAAAAACAUUUCAAUUUACCCAACAAGGAGAUCCGAUUGAUUUUUUGUCUUGGUUCUUGAACGCAUUGCACAAAGCUUUAAAUGGCACUAAGAAACGAGACAGUUCUAUCAUUUACAAGUCCUUUUUGGGCAACAUGAAAAUAUUUACCAGAAGAAUUCCUCCAAUGGAAAUGGAUGAAAAACAAAAAAGGGCUUUGAUGUUAACCAGUGAAUAUCAAGAAGUCGAAACUGAGUCUACAUUUUUAUAUUUGACUUGUGAUUUGCCACCUCCCCCUUUGUUUAUUGAUGAGUUUAAAGAAAAUAUCAUUCCACAAGUAAAUUUAUAUCAAUUACUGGCUAAAUUCAAUGGCCAAACUGAGAAGGAGUAUAAAACUUACAAAGAGAAUUUUAUGAAAAGAUUUGAGAUAAAUCAAUUGCCUCCAUAUUUGAUUUUGUAUAUAAAAAGGUUUACUAAAAAUACCUUUUUUAUAGAGAAAAAUCCUACUAUUGUUAAUUUUCCUGUCAAGAAUGUAGAUUUUGGUGAAUUUUUGACACCCGAAGUGAAAGCCCAACACAAAAACACCAUCUACGAUCUUGUAGCAAAUAUUGUUCAUGAUGGUGAGCCAGGAAAGGGGACCUAUAAGGUGCACAUUUUACAAAAAUCCACUGGGCAAUGGUAUGAAAUGCAAGAUUUGCAUGUAACAGACAUUCUGCCGCAAAUGAUUACAUUGACUGAGGCUUAUAUUCAAAUAUACGAACUAAGAACUUAGAUGUUUUAAGUUAUAUGUGUAAUAAAGAAAAUCCUAUUUUGGAGCAA